AUGCGCGGUCCAAAACAGCGUAAGGUCGUUACGCCGAUCAAGGAUAUAAAUCCUAAUACCGUUAUUCAAGAGCAUAUAGUUAAGAACACUAAUGCACCAAACGUUUUGAUUGCUGAAUACGAUGUUAUUCACAAAGAGAGACCGCAGUCGUGUUGGAAACGUGAUUUAAUUAUUCCACGAUGGCUCUUAUUAACAUUAGUUACAUUGGGUAUUCUCGCUAUGGCAGCGUUUCUCGUUUUUGCGACGAUUGUUACGUUGCAAAAGCAAGGUUAUGGUGGUCCAUGUAAAAGUAACAGUGAUUGCCGGCAAGAUCUGGGUUUGAUGUGUAACAAUUAUCAUUGCGGAUGUGCGUAUUCGCAUUUUUGGAGUGAGACGUAUUUAACCUGCGAACGACGACGAAUGAUCAAUCGAACAUGUGUUAACAAUUCGGAAUGUGAUAUUUUAGCAAAUCUGCAGUGUUUCAAUGUUACGCUAAGUAAUGGUGAUAUUCAACUUCAAUGCCAGUGUAAAGCUUCACUAAAUUGGAACGGUGUACAGUGUGCAGCUCAAGGAUUAUACAAUGACACGUGUCUUACCAGCGCGAACUGUGAUACGACGAGGUAUUUAUACUGCGAUUCAUCACUGGGGAAUAUAUGUCAGUGUAACUCGUCGAUGUUUUGGAACGGGAAGAUAGGUUCGGGUACAUGUGAAUAUAAGCGAACAGUCAAUCAGUAUUGCUAUCCGUAUGAUAAUAGUUGGUGCGAUUACUCUGCUCCCAUGGGUCAAGGUCUGACAUGUGCUAAAUAUUCGAAUCCCUAUGGCAGUGAAUAUGGUGUGUGUCAAUGUGGAUCCACUCAAUUCUAUAACGGUACAGCUUCAUUGGGUAAUGGCUAUUGUGAGCCACUACGCACUUUUAAUAAAUCCUGCUCUGCAAGUUCAAAUUGUGAUUAUCGAAAAAAUUUGAUAUGUACAAACAACCUCUGUUCAUGUCCAUCGAGUACAAAUUAUGAUCCAACGGCUGUUGUUACUGCCGGUGUUACGGGCUAUUGUACACCAGCAGCAACUUAUCUCGAUAAUUGUACAUCGAUUAUUCUGUGCAGUACAUCGCAAGGUCUCUAUUGUGAUUAUAGUAUAUGGGGAUCAUCCACAGUAGGUCAAUGCUUAUGCAAUUCGAGUUUUAUGUUUUGGGACGGUUCGACAUGUGCCAAUAAACUAUCAAUUGGUGGGAAAUGUACUACAACUACAGAAUGCAGUUCUGGAAAUGGUUUAUUCUGUAGUAACUACACUCAAUCCGUCGGUACCUGCGACUGUGAUAAAAAUCAUUUUUGGAAUACUACUUGCUUACAAAAGCAAUGGUUCAACACAAGUUGCACGUCAUCCUAUGUUUGUGAUGACAAUCGUGGUCUACAUUGUCAGGGCUUAGGUGGUGCUCUGUUUCAGAAAUGCGAUUGUUUUAACAUCAGUUUCAUUUGGAACUCAUUAUAUGUUACCAAUGGUUCGAACUCGUGCGUAUUGAAAAAGGGAUACGGUCAAUCAACGUGUUAUGGUGAUCUCGACUGUCAAGAUUACAAUUAUUUGAAAUGUUACAAUGGCACAUGUCUAUGCGCGUACUAUGAUUAUUGGGAUGGUAGUGUAUGUCAAGCAAAACAUAAUUAUUCAGUCGCAUGUCUUAAUACCACAUAUUGUCGAGAUUUUUCACCGGUUAAUUUAGUGUGUAUUUAUUCCACUCUGUCAAGUCCGCCUGGAUAUAUAUGUCUCUGCAAUUCAACAUCAUACUGGGAAGAGUGUACACAAACAUGUCUUAUCUCGAAAAAACGUCAUCAAUCUUGCACUCUAGUAAAGAACUGUACAACAAACGAGUGUGAUAAAAAUGCGAAUUUACAAUGUAUAAACGAUUCGGUUUCCAAUCAAACCGCAUCCGGUUGGUGUAACUGUACUAGUAUUCAGUGGUGGAAUGGAACAUAUUGUCGUGACAAAGGUAUACCAUCUUGGGGUAACAAUGCAAGUGCUGCAUGCAAUGCAACGUAUCAGUGUGCCGACUACAAUUUGGUGUCAUGCCCAUUCGGUUCAAGUUCAAUUGCGUCAGUUGCUACAUGCGAAUGUGCCACAACGAAGUAUUGGAAUGGGAUUACUUGUAUAGACCGGGUGCUGCUGUCCCAGACUUGUAUGGAUUGGACGACAGCGCCGGUGAAUACAUCCACGUGUUUAUCAGCCGCCGGAGCAGGUUUGGUGUGUAAUCAUACGCUGAAUUAUGGAAACGGAACAUUCCUAGGAGUGUGUGUCUGUCCGUCGGGUACGAAUUGGAAUUCGACAUUUUCCAUAUGUGCUGCUCCACCUGUUACACCAGGUUAA